AUGAGAAUGAGAGCUCGCGGGUACCAAAUAGCUCCGUCAACAGAGAUGAUGCCGUUGGAGGAAACGCUUCAUCCGAAUUACCCUUUUCUCAUGUCCUCGCAUGGUCUCAAGUCCUUUGAUUCGCACGACGGCUCACUCUCAGACCUCGAUUCCGACGAUCAAUUCCCUCUCAGCAUCAACACGGAGUUGCUUGUCGAUGCCAAAGACGUAUAUAUAGGGGAACUGAUCGGCGUAGGUUCUUCUUCAAAAGUCUACAAAGGAUUGUUGAGGAAAGUUAACCCCGUCUCGGUGAAGAUAUUCCAGCCUGAAAGAGCAUCUUCUGUUACCAUUGAGCAGAAGAAGAAGUUCCAAAGGGAGGUUAUGUUGCUCUCCAGGAUUCAACAUGAAAAUAUUGUCCAGUUUAUUGGGGCAUGCAUAGAACCAAAGCUGAUGAUAAUAACUGAACUCAUGGAAGGCAAUACUCUUCACAAGUUUAUGUUGACUACUCGUCCAAACCCUCUUGAUCUCAAGCUCUCCAUUAGCUUCGCCUUGGAUAUCUCUCGUGGAAUGGAGUUCUUGAAUGCAAAUGGCAUCAUUCACCGUGAUCUGAAACCUAGGAAUAUGCUGUUAACAAGGGAUCAGAAACAUGUAAAGUUGGCUGAUUUUGGACUUGCUAGAGAGGAAACUAAAGGCUUCAUGACCUCUGAAGCUGGUACUUAUAGAUGGAUGGCUCCUGAGUUAUUCAGCUACGAGGCGUUUCAAAAUGGGGAAAAGAAAGAGUAUGAUCAUAAAGUGGAUGUUUACAGUUUCGCUAUUGUCUUUUGGGAGUUGCUUACCAACAAAACCCCAUUCAAAGGAAAGAACAACAUCUUUGUAGCUUAUGCUGCCAGUAAAAAUCAGAGACCAAGUCUGGAUAAUCUUCCGAAAGAAGUUGGUUCUAUCCUUGAAGCAUGCUGGGCAGCGGAUCCUAAAGCUCGUCCUGAGUUCAAAGAGAUUACAGUUUCACUGACGAAAUUGCUUACAAGCUUUUGUUCAGAUGAUGAUGAUGCUUCACCAAAUGUAGCUACCGAGGAUUCGACAAGCAAGCUGGUUCAGGAACGCGUUGUCUGCGACUGUCCCGGGCUGAAGAUGAAGAAAAAGAAGAGAAAUAAAGUGGUGAACAUGAUGGUUCUUCCGUUUCUUGAGAUGUUCAGAAAGUGUUUGUCAAAGUGAUGAAAGUAGGAGGAACACUCUCUUAUACACAAUACGAACUUGAUAA